AUGUCCACCCCUCCGUUGUCGAGCAGUAGCUCGUCGACGAGCUCUCCGUCGCCCAGUAUUGAUCACUCCCAGCUCAGUGCCGAUGAUAGUCUUGAGCUUCUCCUCCAGACGAUUUCACAGCACGCUACAUCUAGUUCUGAGCCCUCCGCUCAGGAAAAUGCGCCCGCGGAUUGGGACCAGCUCUCAGAAUGGGUGCAGAACAACGACACAAAGCUUCCAGACUUUGGCAACUUCAACUUUUCCCUUCCUAUGGACCUCGACUUCGACUCGAAUAUGGCCAUUGACCCAAAUGCGUUGCACUUUGAUUCCAUUUUCGAUACCUCUGGACUUGCACUUCCGACAAAUAACUCCCUGCUAGUACCGCCUGCUAACAUACCCAACGACUUCGUUUAUCCCCCUGCGAACGAGAUGAAUUGGAUGGCACAGUCGCAUGUUCAGCCGGAGACGGGACGUCGAUUGAGCGUUACCUCUUCCUCGUCUUCCUCGGGGGCGUCGUUCUCCCCGGUUUCGGAGCACGCGUCUGUCAGUAGCUCUCCGAGUGACAACUAUGUCAGCGACCCAGCACAGGAGCUCGCACACAAGGUCCGACAGAUGGCUGGUGUAACGCUCGCCGUCCCCCUUCCAAUCCCUCGUCUUCCUCGACCAGUCGUUGCUCCUGCGAGCAAGCCUCCCAGCCCCAAAAGUUCCCCUGGCCCUGAGUCGGCUUCAUCCUCGUCACCUUCGUCACCUAGGAUGGAGUCUCCAGGUGCCGUGCCACCUCCUGUACAAUCGGUUAUAGGCCGCCCAAAGACGAGCCAUACAACCAUUGAACGACGGUAUCGGACAAACCUAAACGCUCGGAUCACCGGACUCAAGCAGGCGGUCCCAGCCCUGCGAGUAUUAGAGGCAAAGGCAAAUGGACAAGAAAAUCCCUUUAACGACAUCGUGGACGCGCGAGGUUUCGUCGAUGGAGUGAAAGUUGCUCGGAAGAUGAGCAAAGCUAACGUGCUCGGCAAAGCUGCUGAAUACAUCAAAGUGCUCAAGAAACGGGAAACGCGACUGAAGCGAGAACAGGAUGGCCUCAAGUCACUUAUCGCGGGUCUCGUCGGUGGACCGGCGCUUUUGAAAGAGUGGGAGCGUGAGUGGCGGGAGAGCUUCGGCGGAGAGGAGAAAGAUGAAAUCGAGGAGGAAGGUGCUACAGCCGUCAGCGACGAAGAGGAUGGUGAUGGAGAGGAUAGUGAUGGUGAAGAUGGCGAAGACGGCCGUGCGCGCAAGAAGGCGAAGGUAGUCAAAGCAGCUAAGAAAGAGAAGGCUCCCCGCCCGCCUCCUCAACCCGCUGCAACGGCUACCGUCCCUGGGGCUAUUCCAGAGAAGCGUAAGCGUGGUAGACCACGUAAAGUUCCUCUCCCCGCGGCUGCACCUGUUACCCCGCUAGCCCCCGUGAUUGCAGACCCACAAGCUGUCUUCCCGAUGGGCUCGCAAUUGCCCAUGGCCGUAGAUAAUGCUGCUCAACAAGCUCCUGCUCAGCAGUAUCUUCUGGCAGCUUUCGCAUUUUUCUCUGUUUUUAACUCGCCUCUGGCGUCUCGAUCGAACGCGCACACCUCACAACAUGCUCACCACGGCUCAGUCCUUACGCCCCACGGUCCCAUUGCAACGGAGAUGCCUUUACCUAGAUACUCUUCAAUCGGUGGGUUCGGCUUCCACGAGGCUGUACAGGCUGCGCACCUCCUCGUGUCGACGCUGGUGUUCUUCUAUGUCCUUGUUCCAUGGCUUUCCAGUGCGCUGCGACGCGCUCGUGGACUACCUGCAUGGUCGUCGUAUUUUAUUCGUGUUCCUGUGCGCUGUGCACCAACAGUGACCUCCAAUCCAGGUAAAGCCCAGGAGAACCUGAACUCAGUGAAAGCAAGGAGUCAGUAUCGUUCUGCUCUGAUGGACGACCUGCUCGAUGUGCUGAGCCCAGCAACACGAGGCUCGCCUGACGAAGCAACGCGAUUACGAAAGGCACUAGGCGUCAAAGAUGGACUUGUCGGACUGAUGCAAGGCGUCAUCAAGGCUGGCAGAGUCGAUCGUGGCAUUGAGCUGAACCAGCUGGAACAGAGGGCAUGGGUGAGAUUGGGCGAACUGAUUGCAUUUAACGACAAAGUUGGAAAGACCACACGUCUGCAGACCUACUGGUGCAUGUCGUGGCACAUCUCGACGUUCGCCGCCUCCACGACAGACCUCUCUACGCUAGCCCUUAUAAUGCGCCCCGUGUCGUCUUCGAAGGCUGCCGCUUUAUGGGAUGCUGCUCGCGGGCGAGAGUUCCUCCGCCCUCAUGAGAAGAUUGUACUUGCUAAUAUGAGCGUCGAUGAUGCUGCGGAAUGGCUCGCAAAGUGGCAGCAAUGGCACAAGAUUGAGCGCAAGAGCCGAUGCGCCGCAUGCGAGAAACGUACCCCGCUCGGUGUCCUCGCCGCGAUUCUCAUCCGCGCGCGACUCCGCAAGCACGCUGCUGCGCUCUUUGUUCGCACAGUCGUCCGUGAUGCAGUUCUCCCCGCAGUUGCGGGAGUGUGCGCGGAUGAUGAAGAGCGUUAUGUGUAUGACGCAGAGAAGGAUUUCAAAGAGGAACAGGAACGCACGGAAACCGUCCAAGCAGGCAAAUCGAUUGGUGGCCGAACAGCAAUUCUCGCAAUGCUGCUCGAGCGCAUCUGGGACACUGGCUUCUGCACACACGAAGAUGUCCUUCCAGUUCCUCACCGAGAUAGCUCAGAUGAGGGCGUGGAUUGCGAGAACGCGCAUGACCUUGCUAGCACGGACGAGGCUGAAAUUCGUUCCUUGCUCAGUGCGACGCUCAUUUACCGCCGCAUAUUCCCAUCCUCAUUCCCCUCUUGCUCUACCUCUGUAUCGUUCAUCCUUUCGCCGCCGCCGUCGCCAUCGCAGCGGAAUGUCGCCCUACACAUGGCGCUCCGGACUGCCUUGGGCUCGCCAGCGUUCGAGUUCGGCAGUGGCGGACGUCUCGACGACGAAGAGCUCUCUGACGCAUUGGAGGACGCGCGUGACCGUGUCAACGAUAUGCUCGUCGAGCUGGAAAAGUCGUGCCGCAGAGCGCCUUUAAGGCGUUAG